AUGGAUAAUACGUAUAAGGUCAACCGCUUUAACAUGCCGCUUCUACAGAUCAUUGGCACAACAGGGCUACACAAGAGCUUCAGUGUAGGCUUUGGCCUCACUGCCAAGGAAGACGAAGGCGCGUUCCAAUGGAUCCUCUCACAGUUGCGUGAGGCUGGUCGGCAGGCUGAUAUUCCGGACCCGGGCGUUGUGAUUACCGACUUUGAUACCGCCCUGAAGAACGCCCUUGACUCUAUCUUCCCAUCAACGCAACAACAAGUGAUCCUCGAUGGCACCGAGAUUGGCGGAGAUAGGCCAGAACAAGAGACUCGCUUCGCUGCAGCAGCCGCUCUCGACGACCCUAUACAGGCAGAUAAUGCCAUUGACGAGGACCGACCUAUCGACCGUGCCACUGAUUACCAGAUUCAACAUGCCUCACAACUGGCAGAUCAGUGCGUUGAGCAACAAGAUGAUCGUGAAGAUGACGAUGGAAACUGGGGAGUGCAGAGAUCAGUGGGAUCUACUCUGUAUAGAGUUUUCGGAUCAGCCAGCUCUCGUUAA